AUGGAUCCCUUUGUAGAAGUGAUGACAGCUGCUGCAUUCACAAUGAAAUCCUUCCGAAAACACGACCUGAAACCCAAUACCAUUGCCAUUCUUCCACCUCAAGGCUACCAACCCAAGAGAAACUAUUCCCAGGCCUGUAUGCACUGGCUCCAUUAUCUGAUGGAAACGGACCCCCAUCUGCACCUCCAGCACGCCAGGAAUGGAGGUGAAAAAGAAUUCACGUGUGGAGAGGGCCAACAUCGGUACAGUGUGGAUGGCUACAAUCCAGCGACAGGCACCAUCUACGAAUUCCUGGGCUGUUUCUGGCGUGGGUGCCAGGCCUGUCACAAGACCCAACAUGGAGAACCGCAUCCCGUCCUGGGCACGUCGUUGGGAGCCCGUUACACCGACACCCACUACCGCUUGAGUCUCUUGAGUCAACACCCUGAUGUGGAACGGAUCGUCACCCUGUGGGAGCACGAGUUUACGAAAAUGCAACAGGAGGACUCUGCUCUGCGUGCUUUCUUGCAGGGGCCCCACUGUAUCCACGUCCCUGGGCCUCUCAACCCUCGCGACGCCUUCUAUGGAGGACGCACCAAUGCCACGCGAUUAUGCUGCGAAGUCCAAGAAGGUGAAACCAUCAAGUACAUCGAUAUUUGUUCCCUUUAUCCAUACAUUUGUAAGACCAGAGCAUUUCCCCCGAAACGACUCUACCAUCCGCUACUGCCUUACAGAUCGGGUGGCAAACUGCUCUGUCCUUUGUGCCGUACUUGUGCCGAUACCCGGUCAGACUCCCCCUGCGAGCACACGGACGAAGAGAGGUCAUUGGUGGGUACGUACGCCACCGUAGAACUCCAGGAAGCCGUGAAGAAGUAUGACUACCAGGUGCUUCAGAUCUACGACGUUUGGCAUUUUGACACCUUUGCACAGCAUGACCCCGACACCCAGCAAGUAGGACUCUUUGACAAUAAUAUCGAUCGACAUUUCAAGGAGAAGCUCGAAGCCAGCGGAUACCCUGAAGGAUGUACGGAUCAUGACGCUAACAUCCAGGAGAUCUACGACAAAGAAGGCAUUGGGUUGGACAAGGACCGCAUCGAAAAAAAUCCAGGACGUCGCACGAUUACCAAGAUGCAACUGAGUUCGCUCUGGGGCAAGUUUGGGCAACGGGUAGACUACAGUCAGAACAUCUAUAUGAACGAUCCUGUACAGUACUUUGCCUUGUGGAGGGAUGAACGCAAUACCAUCGAUGAUGUUACUGUUGUCAACGAACACAUGGUGGAAGUGACCUAUAUCCAGCAGAAAGAAUUCCAAACCCCUCAUUCUCAUUUCAAUGUCGCCAUCCCUGCUUGGGUCACCGCCCAAGCACGUCUCAAGCUGUACGAGACCCUUGCCCUGGUGGACCGCAGGGUCUUGUACUUUGACACAGACAGCGUCAUUUACAUUCAUCGACCCCACGACGCGAAUCCAGAGCUGGGCCAUUCGUUGGGUGAGUUUACAGAUGAACUGGACGGAACACCAUCAAGACGAUUGUGUCAGGAGGCCCCAAAAACUAUGGUUAUGAGUUAA